UUUGUUUUGCGCAAAUUGGAGAGAAGAGAACUUUCUUCGUGUCUUCGCGCUUAGGUGAUCUUGAUUAAUUCAGUACCCUACAUAUUCUUCAACUGAGCAUUUUGAUAUUGAACGGCUAGAGAUGGCAGAGGAGGGUCACAAGGUCACUUUGAAUGUAUAUGACCUAAGCCAAGGACUAGCUAGGCAGAUGUCCGUGGCUUUCUUGGGGAAAGCCAUCGAGGGCAUAUGGCACACAGGAGUUGUGGUUUAUGGUAAUGAGUACUAUUUUGGGGGAGGCAUACAGCAUGCUCCUGCUGGAUCGACACCAUAUGGGACACCAAUACGUGUGGUAGAAUUGGGUGUCACACAUGUGCCCAAGGAUGUAUUUGAGAUGUAUUUGCAGGAAAUCAGUCCCCGGUAUACUGCUGAAACCUAUAGUUUACUUAAUCACAAUUGCAACAACUUUAGCAAUGAGGUUGCUCAGUUUUUGGUGGGUGCAACCGUUCCAGACUAUAUUCUGGAGCUCCCUAACGAAGUUAUGGGCAGUCCAAUGGGUGCUCUUAUUUUGCCCAUGAUACAGAAUUUGGAAGCAACACUGAAAAGUGGUGCUGCUCCUCAAGCUCCGCAAUUCAGGCCCCCUGUGGUUCAACCAACAACGAAUGUCAUGAAACCCUUGAGUAGUAGUUCUAACACCAAGGUUGGUGCUAAAUCGAAAUCUGGAGGGCAGCAGCUCACCAAGUCCGAGGAACGGGGAACAUCACAGAGUGCUGUCAAACCUGCCAAUGGGGUUGUAGAUCCUCUUGGGGACGCUCGAAGUAAGGUGCAAGAGGAAAUCUCUGCUGAAUUUGCUGCAAUCAUGGCAAGUGGAACAUUCCGUGCAAGCGAGGCUGCAGCACUUGCAACAAGAAGAGUGAUGCAGAGAUACAGUCAUGAAAGUUCAACUGUGUCGCAGAGUUAACAGAUGUAAGGAUGCAAGUCUCACUAUUUGUUUCAGGGUUGGUCAUUUGGAUUUGGCAAUUAUUUCUAGGAAGCUACUGUCCAAUUUGCUUCUUAACGGGGACUGGGGACUCAUUCUCCCACCAUUGGAAUUCUAAUUUUUAUUUAUCGUAAUCUAUAUUGUUAUGAAGGAA